GGGGUAAAGGCCAGCCCUACGGGAUCUAAUAAGUGGGUAGUCAAUGGUUCUUCAAGCUCCGGGGGAUCUGGGCAACGGCGGAACACUGAUCUCGGGGAUGAGCAGUCGGCAGAGACUGGUGCGAGCGUGUCAAAGCAGGGGGCAGACGAUAUGGAAGAGGUGUCAGACGAGACAAAGCAGGGGAGGAUUUGGGAAGGAAAGCCAAAGGAAGUUACCGCUGGAGAGGACAUGGCGCUUGAUGGUCCAAAAAUGGGGAGACGGCGGGUUAGGCCUCCUAGACCCGCCGGUGGUUCUUUUGGUGAUUCUGAUCAGUAUCACAAGCUGGUGAUUAACUCAAAGUCUCGGUCAAGGACGAAUGAUUACAUGUCGGCAGUCGGCAGAGACUGGUGCGAGC